UCAUCAGGAUGCAGUAAAUUUUUCGUUUUCAAAAUUAUGAAAUUUACGGCGUGCACGUUAUAAUUAGACUCUGUUUUGAUUUAAAAAACCGUUAAUUUUUGGACAAAAAAUGUGUUCUCGCUGGGAAUACAUAGGAUUAAUUUCCGUUCAAAAUUCAGAAAGGAUUUCAAAACCAUUCUCAGAACAGAACGUUGAAACAACAAUCGACGAUCGCGGAAAAUUUCAUUCGAUUCUGGACAAAUGGCAGUCGAAUGUGCUGCUAUCUGAUGAAUUAUAUUCGAAAGCGAAAACAAAGCAUGUAUCGUAAUCGUACGGUUUUGUCCAAUAGUCCAAUACUUUAAAGGUGGCGAGCAGCCGAACUAGCCGCAGUCUGAUAAAAUACUCAAAAUCCUCGGUAAAGUUCGUGGUUUACGCUAUUAUGCGUUUUAUUUGAGUGUUACUACCAAAUAUACAAGGCAGAGCAGAGCGAUAUAUAGUGGAGGCGAUUCGCCAGUAAUCAAAUUAAGUUUGAAAAUUCACGCUGUCUUACUAUGGCCGGGAAUCGCGAUGUCAUCCUCGCUGACUUUCAGGCCUGCACUGACAUCGAUGAUGUUGGUGAAGCUAUUUUACACUUGGAAGGCACAAACUGGGAUUUGCUAGCAGCCAUCAACAAUGUGAUGCCUCAAAAUACACAGCAGUUGCCAUCAGAACUGAAUCGGGAUGUUGAGAUGACAGAAGAAAUAAAACAUGUUCCACCAAGAAUUGCUUCCACAGAAACAGCUAGCCUACCCCACACCAGGAAUUCUUGUUCAGCUGACAAUGUGGAAAUUUUACCUGGCACUAGCAAUUCUAGAAAUAUAGGAAAAAUGCUAGCUGGAUCAAGUAGAUUAAAAGAUCAACUAAGAAUUCUUACAUUCCAUGUACAUUAUCAGAACGACACAUAUCACAUUGAUAUACCCGACACAAGCACCGUGGGAGAUUUAAAAUUACAAAUAUUCAAUGAUGUAAAUGUAUCGCCGUGUCAGCAAGAAUUACAUGGUUGGAGGAAAGAGCCCAAAGGAGAUACAAAUACUUUGAAAUCUCUUGAAUUACCGAAAGAAAAUGAGUUAUUUAUGUCUCCGGUAUCAGACAUAGGCGACUCAUCAUCCCAAGUAAUGAAACUUUCAGAACGUCUAGCUAAUAAUUACAUUUUGGAGAUAAGAGAUGAAGCCAAUAAUGUCACGUAUAAAUUGAACUUUCUUGGUACAACUACGAUUUUAGAAGUAAAAAAUAAUAUUUACACUUUAAAUGAUAUACCACCAAGAAAUCAGAUGUGGAAAGGAUGGCCACCAACUGUUAAAAAUGAUUCAAUCACUUUGGCACAAAGUGGUAUUUCUAUUCCUGAACAUAAACUGAGUGUUGAUAGAAUGCCUAAGAAAGAAACGAAAAAGGAAGUUGUUGAUUUAGUUGAUACAGAUAGUUCAGUUGAAGAGCAAGAAGAUGGAGAAGAUUUUGAAGAUGCUCCUGAGACUUUCCAAGUAGAUGAUGAUAUUUUUAUAGAUCAUGUUCAGCCUACCAAAAUUCAACAUCUUAUACCAGAUAAUGUUGAAGAUGAAGUUGUCGGGACUAUGCAUUUUAUAGAAGAGUAUAAAAAGAGAUAUGGAUCUGUUCAUCCCAACUUUUUUACUGGCACUUUUGAAGAUGCCAUUGCGGAAUCUUGCUCCAAACCUCCAAGAGAGCGAAAAUUACUAGCAGUAUAUUUACAUCAUGAUAACAGCAUUCUAGCAAAUGUUUUUUGUACACAAUUAUUGGGUUUUGAGACUGUUCUGCAGCUUCUUUCAGCUAAUUUCGUAGUAUGGGGCUGGGACUGUACAUACGAAUCGAAUAAACAAAGAUUUCUUACUUCUAUACAACAAGCAUUAGGACCAUCUGCUGCAAUGACAGCUAGAAAUAUUGAAGUUGAUAUUAUGCCUGUUCUUAUGAUUAUAAUGCGAUCCAGGUCUAAUACAGAUAUUUUUACGAUAGUUUUUGGAAAUGUUGGAGUAAAUGAAUUACUUACCAAUGUAAUAGAAGCUGUAGACGUCUUUCAGGAACAAAGACAAAAUGAUAUAGAAUUUGACGAUGAAAGACAAGCUCGAGAAAAAGUCAAGGAAGAACAAGAUCAGGCAUACCAAGAAAGUUUAGCUGCCGAUAGGGCUAAGGAAGAAGCAAAACAGUUAUUAGAAAAAAUUGAAAAGCAAAAAAAAGAAAAAGCGGAAAAUGAGAGGCUAGCUGAGCAAGCCAGGAAAGAAGCCCAUAGAUUAGCUGUAGAAUCAAGUCUACCGCCAGAACCUCCACAAGAUGCUGAGGGAGUUUUGAAAGUCAAAAUACGACUUCCUUCGGGACAAUUUUUGGAGCAUAGGUUUAAGUCUGAUGCUGCGCUCCAAACAAUUUUAAAUUUUUUGAUCGUAAAAGGGUACCCCACAGAAGACUACAAGGUCAUAUCAAGCUGGCCUAGAAGGGAUCUCACUACCGUGGAUACAAAUCAAACACUGUCUGAAUUAAAAUUUUGUCCCCAAGAAACGUUAAUAGUAGAAGAACGAUAAACCUGCUAUUUGAAUGAAAUCGAGAUUCAUGGAACUGAGCAUCGUGAUUCAUAUGUGUAUUUAUUAAAUAAUUUUUCUAGUUUAGAGAAUUUUUUUCGUCUAUUCGUUAAGUAACUACGUUUGUACGCAGUGCUCUUUUUAUACAAUAUAAAACCACGUGACGAACGUAGUUCUUUUAUAAAAAUAAUAAAAGAUAAAAACAUCAAUUUCAUGCAUUAACUGGAUGAUCAAAUAAAAAAAAAAUAAAUUAGAUUGUAAAAAUCGUUAAAUUUUGCGGUGUAUUUAUUUAUUGUCUGAUUGUCAAAAGUGAAAACUGAAUAACAGGUUCGAGCGUUCAGCUCGUGAUCAAGUUUUUGUAAAAAUCCGUAUAAAUCGAUCAUUUUAUAAAAAAAUAUUGAAAAAUUUACAUAUUUAUAACAAUUUUAAUUACAAGUAUAACGAAGCUGCGAAUACAAUAUCCCUCUUAAUCAACUUAAUAGCCUCGCUAAAUUUAUUUUCAAGAUCCGUAUUGCCUAUAUUUUUCGCAGCUUGCAAAAGUUGUCGAAGAACUUCCUCUAAUCUUCGCAUACAUCGAAUUAUGGAACCUGUAGAAAUGUAACGUUAUGAAUUAUAAAACAAAUUUACAAACUUUAA